AUGGGUUCCGAUGGGGGCGAGGACUACAGCUGGAUCGACGACGUCGGCGGCGGACUGGAGGAGGACUUCCGGUGGACGCUCACCGGCGGCCUCGGCGAUCUCCCUCGCCGUAGCCCCUCCCCAUCUCCCUCCUUCUCUCACGCCGUCUGCAACAGGGCGGCGAUCGAGGAGGUCUGUGGAAAUGCAGGUGGACCGGACCAGAUGGACUCGAAGAAGAGGUUCUCUCUCUCUCUCUGUAAUCUCCAUUCCAUAACUUCUCCGUGGGAUGAGGGGCCGAUGACUGGGGGAUUUGCAGAGCAAGAAGUGAAUCAAUCGUGGAAACUAAGACGAAGGCGUGCCGUGAGAAAAUGAGGAGAGACAGAUUGAAUGACAGGCAUGCCCUCUGCAACCCCCCCCCCCUCUCUCUCUCUCUCUCUCUCUCUCUCUGUAGUCUAGAGUUGUAUCUAAUGUUCCUCCCUACCUCUCUCUCUCUCUCUCUCUCUCUCUCUCUCUCUCUACAGGUUUGUAGAGCUGGGUUCGGUGCUGGAUCCCGAGAGGGCACAUCGCCAAUCAGAUAAAGCUAGCAUCUUGAGCGACGCGGCUCGGGUUCUGGGGGAACUGAGGAACGAAGCGCAGAAGCUCAAAGAAGCGAACGAGAAGCUUCAAGAGGCGAUCAGAGAACUGAAGGUAGCACUUUCGCUCACUAUCCUCGUCGGGUUAUCUCUCCGUUGACCUCACCACCUGGGCUGUUUAGGCGGAGAAGACCGAGCUCCGCGACGAGAAGACGAGGCUAAAGGCAGACAAGGAGGAGUUAGAGCAGCAGGUCAAAGCCAUGAGCUUACCGCCGACUGGGUUCCUGCCGCAUCCGGCGGCUUUCCACGCCGCCGGCGCCGGCAAGGCCCAGGCAUUCCCAGGGCUCGCCAUGUGGCAUUGGCUGCCUCCCGCCUCCGUGGACACCACUCAGGACGCCAAACUGUGGCCUCCCAACGCCUAA